AUGUCCAGCCAGUUGGAGACGACACCUUCUUCACUUCACAUCUACCUCAUCACCACCGACCGCGGACCCAAUGAAGUGUUGGGGAGGAAGAUGUGGGAGACACUGACGCGCGAAGCGUCCAGUGUACUGCUCUUUUCAUCUGACUGCAUGGAGCACGCGGUUCACUUGUUGGUGCUGAGUGGCCUCAAGGCCAUUGAUGACCUUCUCAAACGGCGUGGAAAACCAUACAAGCUGUUUGCCUCUUUGGCAACAUGUAGCAACUGCCUCAGGGAUCAGUCCAAACAGUUUUAUGAGACAUGGUGCGAUCUGCAUGGUGACUUGUCAGGUUCCAAGUGCGCGCGCAAGUUGUGGCCGAAGGCAAUUGGAGGCCGGUGGAACUCCAUUCAUGAAGUCACAACACGGAUGAAAGUGGUGGGAGGCCAAAGUUUUGUCGAGCCGGUGGUGAAAAAGAUUCUGGCCAACAAGGUUGCAGCCGCCGACGCGUCCAAACAAAAACUUCCCAACGAUGUGGUAGAUGAGAUCUCGUUUCAAGAGGCGCAGAGCUACCAAAAGAAAAUGGGGAUCUGGAGGUUGAGGACUCUGGAAUGCGUCAGCGACAGCUUGUGGUGG